CACAAAUCUGACUUCCUUCUGUCAUUCAUUUAUUGGGCCGUAGCCAGGAGACUGUGCUGGGUCAUGUUGUAAUCAGCGCAGCUCACACACAGCUCCUGUCCCAGCAGGAUAUACAUGUAGCAUCUGACUAAGUCACAGAUGACCAUCAUGGACAAGAAGAGGACGCAGAAGGUGUUUAACCACGCUCUAGAGAUCAUCUGUGUGCUGACGGGGGAGGUCCCUGUCUUGCAGCGCCUGGUUAGCUCUAUAAUGAUGAAUGAAUUGACCAAUGAUAAGAAACAAAUGGCUCAAAAAAUAGUAAAUCAUGCGCUAGAGAUUAUCUACCUGAUGACUGGAGAGGAAUCUACUGUUGUGAAAAAGAAUUUCCCUCAAAGCAGCAUUCACAAGUUGACUGGAGAGGUUCCUAUAAGAUGUGGUGAUGUUGCUGUCUUCUUCUCUAUGGAGGAGUGGGAGUAUUUACAAGACCAGAAGGAGUUUUACAAGGAUAUCAUGGUGGAGAAUUGCCAUCAUUUCACUAGCUCAGGGCACCUUGGUGAGAAUCUAGACAAUGAACUAACGAACGAAAUGGAUAUUCAGCAGGUGAAGAUCAAAGAGGAAUCCUAUCCAGAUUAUUUACUUUGCAUGGAUGAAUAUAUGAGCUGGAAUAUAUCAGUAGAUAUACACACAGCAGCCUAUACAUCACGAAAGAUAAUAGUGGACCAUACUGGUCUCCCUCCAGAGGUUCAGUUAGGUGUGGAAGGAAACUCACCUAAGGCAUCAACCUCCUGUGAAAAAGGGAAUCUUCCAUCUACUGUAUCUUACGACUUAAACCAAAACAUUAGCACUUUAAGUAAAGGACUUGUUCAUAGCCUCAACAAUGUGAGAUCAAAAACCAACAUGAAGAGAAAAACAACUUGUACAGAUCACCAAGCUAAAGAGAAACCUCAUCGUUGUACGGAAUGUGGAAAAUGUUUUGCUUUCAGAUCUCGUCUUAUUGUACAUCAGCGAACACACACGGGUAGUAAACCUCAUACGUGCAAUCAAUGCAAUAAACAAUUUGCUUUCAAAUCUCUCCUCCUACGGCAUCAGAUGUCGCACACUGGGGAGAAACCUCAUAGUUGUAACGUAUGUGGUGGGAACUUUAGUUCUAAAUAUUAUCUUCUUACCCAUCAAAGAAUACAUACGGGAGAGAAACCUCAUGGGUGCAGUGAAUGUGGAAGACACUUUGUUAAUAGAUCUAACCUUGUAGCACAUCAGAAGUUACACUCGGGAGAGAAGACGCAAAUAUGCGACGAAUGUGGUAAAUCCUUUGCCUCAAAAUAUUAUCUUAUUUCACAUCAACGGACGCACACAGGGGAAAAGCCUCAUAAAUGCAAUGACUGUGGGAAAUCCUUUGCUUAUAGAUAUCACCUUACUAUACAUCAGAGAUCACAUACAGGAGAGCAACCAUAUCAGUGUAACGAUUGUAAAAAGCGAUUUACAUUCAAAUCUCACUUUAUAAAGCAUCAGCGAUUACACACGGGGGAGAAAGCGUAUACGUGCAAUGAAUGCGGAAAACACUUUGCUGAUAAAUAUCAUGUUGCCAUACAUCAGAAAACACACAGUGGGGAGAGACCUCACGGAUGUAAAGAAUGCGGGAAAUAUUUUGCUAAUAAAUCUAAUCUUGUUGCUCAUCAAAGAGCGCACACUGGUGAAAAACCUUAUACGUGUAAUGACUGCGGAAAACAGUUUGCUAACAAAUCCACUCUUGUUGCGCAUAAAAAAAUGCAUACGGGAGAAAUGUCUCAUAAGUGCGAGGAAUGCGGAAAACAGUUUGUGAACAAAUCGAACCUCGUCGUACAUCAGAGAUCUCACACUGGGGAGAAACCAUUUACUUGCAAUGAAUGUGGAAAACACUUUGUUAAUAAAUCUAAUCUUGUUGUCCAUCAACGAUCACAUACAGGGGAGAAACCUUAUGGGUGCAAAGAAUGUGAAAAACGCUUUGUCAACAGAUCUAAUCUUGCUGCUCAUCAGCGAUCACAUGCUGUGGAGAAAAAAUAAGAUAUUUAUUUUCUUUCAAUUGGAUUACACUUUAUAGCAAACUAAAGCUUCAAAAUGAAGCAGCCUAAUCCACAGCAAACGAGAGCUGGACAGUAUCAGUCAUCAGUAUCAGACGUUUAUUGCAGAAGGGUGGAGAAUUCUAGUAUUAUGAGUUUAAUACAUUUGAUAUAUUUAAGUAAAUACUGCAUGUAUGACAUGUAUGAACAGUGUAAGUACGUAAUACAUUUUGCAUUUGUGCAAUAAAAUCUUUUAAUAAAGAUUACUCAAAAAAACAAAAAUGUAACUCCUUGUAAGAGUUCAGCUAAUUUAUGACAUUGUUAAACAAUCUAAUUUUCAUCAUGUGAUUUUUAUCCUUAGAUGGUAUCGGCGUACGGAUGGAAAAGCUCCAUAAGUUAAACGUUUGAAUCGCUAUUUAUUUAGUGUGUGAUAAUAAAAACGCACAUCACUCUU